AUGUUUCCUGAGUCUUGUAAAAAUAGAUCAAUAGGAUCAAUCAAUUAAUCUUGUCAUGAAUCUCAUCGUCCUAGACAUCAUCUAGUCAAUUCAUUUGGAUUUUUGUCCAAACAUGAAUCAAGAAAUUCUUAUUAUGAUAAAGAAGAUUAAUAAGAUCAAUUAUUAAAAAUCAAACAAGAGCUCAAUUAAUUAAGAAUAGAAAAUAUUUAAUUGAAAUCUUAAAAUAUUUAUUAUCAAGUAAGGGAUUAUUAAUAUCAAGAAAGAUAUUGAAAGCUUUCACCAACAGUUAUCAGAUGAUGAUAUAUAAGUGAAAACUGUUCGAAACAAUUAAAAAUUUAAACAUUUACUUAAAUUAUUAUAGUCUAAAGAAGUUGAAAUAGAGACUUUAAAAAAAAAAUUGAAAAUGGAUGAAAUCAUGAAUUAUUAAAAAAAAAUAGCUGAACUUUAAAAUACGAUUGAAUUACAAAAAGAAAAAUUAUUAGGGAAUCAAAGAAAUAUAUUAGCCCCAUAAUUUACUAUCCUUGAUGAAUUAGAAUAAGAUAAUAUUAAACUAGUUUAAAUUGUAACAGGUUUAGAAGAGAAAGUAAAAGAUUAUGAUUAAAUGAAAAAACAUAUAGUAACAUAAUAAGUCAAAAUUUAAUAAUAAAAAUAACUCAUUAAUGAAUUGUAAAAAGAGAUUAGAUAAUACAAAGAAAGAGAUUUAUUAUUUGCAGCUAAACAUAAUUAAAAGAGUAAAUAAGAUCAAUAAAUUAAGUAUUAAUUUUAUUAUAUUUAGAAAACUAUUCUCAGAUAUUCAUAAAUUAAGUUAAAAGAGAUAAGAAGAUGAAAUCUAUAUAGAAUAAUUAAUAGAAAGACAUUAAUAAGAAAUUAAAAAAUAUGAUAGAAGAAUUAUGGAGAAGGAUGAUGAAAUGUAAUUAUUAUAAGAAAGAUGUGAAUCUUUAAGUAAGGCUUUAUAAGAAGAGCAAAUUUAAAAAGCUAAACUUAAAAAGAAUGAGAAAUCCAAUUCUAUUGUCAAGCCUUCUAUGUUUUCAUAACAUCAAAUUGUUGGUAGAAAUUCAGGUGAUUUUUCACUUAUUACAUCAUAAAGAUCUUUAAGUGGUAUUGGUAAAUCUAAAUAUUCUAAAAUUAAUAAAUAAGAUCUUGGUUAAAUUGUAAAAAUUGUCAAAUUUUCUAUGAUUAUUAAUAAAAUUCCUUUUGAUGAAUUAGAUACUGUAAUAUACUUUUUAAUUAUGAUAGUACUUGUUUAAAAAUUAAUAAGAAACUACUUUAGAUGAACUUAAAGAUAGUUUAUAAUAAUAAAUUUUCAAUUUAACUAAGGAAUAAGCAUGUACUUUGGCAAAUUAUUUAUUUGAUUAAGAAGAUGAAAUGAAUAUAGACAAACCAUAAAAUAAUUCAAGGAUAAGAAGCAUUUUAAAGACAUUAUUAGAUAAUUUUCGAUUGCCUAAUAAAUAGGUUUUUAAUGAAAUUUAGACAAAUUUGAAUGCAAACAAUCUUGAAAUGAUUUGUAAUCAACUUUAAUCAAAAUUUCAAAGCCCUAGAAAUAAACUUAAUGUGAAUGUAAAUUAAAAGUGUUAUAAUAAUAGGAUUUAUUUGAUCUAUUUUAAGAAAAUGAUAUAAAAUUUUCAAAAGCAUCUCUUGAUUAUAUUGAAUCCUAAUUUUAUAAAUUGAAUCGAAAUUUAGGUGUUUUUGAAAUAGAUUAAUUGAAACAGUUGAUUGAUAGUAUUAAUAAUUGA